AUGCACAGAUUCGGCGCCUCCUCUCUGCACCAGCGCGACUCCCGCAGCGCCCUCUUCGAGGGCUACACCGGCGACAACGGCCGGCGACCCGUCAGCGCCUCGCCCUCGGGGCUUGGUGGUGGAUACGGCUACGGAUACGCGGGAGGCAGCUCGCCGCCCGCGCCAUCCGUGGGCGGGAGCCAUCUCGGCGUCGACGGGGGCCGGGGGUUCCGGCCUGCGACGCCGAAUAAACGGGGCCAGUAUAGCGACGCCGUGCUGAACGAGCUCGAGAGUCAGAAUGACGCGCAGGUCGAGGGCAUCAUGGGCAAGGUCAAGAUCUUGAAGAGCAUGACGGUAGCCAUCGGGGACGAGAUCCGCGAGUCCUCGGCGCUCGCCGAGAAGAUGAACGACACCUUCGACUCGACGCGCCUGCGCAUCCGCGGCACCAUGAACCGCAUGCUGCUCAUGGCCGAGCGCACUGGCGUUGGCUGGAAGGUCUGGCUCGGCUUCUUCGCCGCCGUAUGCUUCAUCUUCAUGUACGUGUGGCUAUUCUAA